CACCGUCGCAGUUUCGAUACAUAUUAAGUAGAACAACUUUUAUUGACAAUAAUAUACAUAUUUUUUUUAAAUGUAGUUUUCCGAUCCUUGUGUGCUGGCUGAUUUCUACUAAAGAUAAACGUCACUUUUAUUAAGAAGAUGAGUUACGCUGCUGAAAACGUUGUGCUCUCCAGCACGUGGUCGGCCACCAGUCUGUUCUAUGCUCUGUUGCUGCCGGCUAUAAUACUUUGGUAUACGUAUUGGAGAAUAUCUAGACGAAGGUUCUAUGAAUUAGCCGCAAAAUUAGAUGGUCCUCCAGGCUUGCCUAUUGUUGGAAAUGCGUUAGAAUUUACAGGCGGAUCUGCUGAUAUUUUCAGAAAACUUCUUACAAAGAGUUUCGCUUUUGAUGAUAAGGGGAUAGUGAAGAUAUGGAUUGGACCUAGAUUGAUAGUGUUUAUUUAUGACCCUCGUGACGUGGAAGUGAUCUUAAGCAGCCAUGUCCACAUUGAUAAAGCAGAUGAUUAUAAAUUCUUCAAACCAUGGCUUGGAGAUGGUCUGCUAAUAAGUACAGGUCAGAAAUGGCGUUCUCACCGUAAACUGAUUGCUCCUACUUUCCACUUAAAUGUUCUGAAGAGUUUCAUCGAUCUAUUUAAUGCAAACUCUAGAGCAGUUGUAGAUAGACUAAAGAAAGAAACUGGUGCCUUCGACUGUCACGAUUACAUGAGUGAAUGUACAGUAGAAAUCUUAUUAGAGACGGCGAUGGGAGUUAGCAAGACUACUCAAGAUCAAAGCGGUUUUGAAUACGCUAUGGCUGUGAUGAAAAUGUGCGAUAUCCUUCAUUUGAGACAUACAAAAAUUUGGUUACGGCCUGAGAUACUUUUCAACUUCACACAAUAUGCUAAAAGUCAGGAAAAACUAUUGAGUAUUAUUCAUGGCUUAACGAAAAGGGUAAUUAAAAAGAAGAAGGAAGAGUAUAAAAAUGGGAAAAAACCAUCCUUACUUAAUGAAAUAACUGCUACUACAAAUGGUGCUAAUGGGGUACAUGAUGCCCUGCCUAAUAAAACAACAUCAGUUGAAGGCUUAUCAUUUGGUCAGUCAUCUGGUCUCAAAGAUGACUUGGACGUUGAGGAUAAUGAUGUUGGUCAAAAGAAGCGUUUAGCGUUCCUAGAUUUACUCUUAGAAAGUUCACAAAAUGGAGUUGUUCUUUCUGACGAUGAAAUAAAAGAACAAGUGGAUACAAUUAUGUUUGAGGGUCACGAUACUACUGCUGCCGGUAGCAGCUUUUUCUUGUCGAUGAUGGGUAUACACCAAGAUAUUCAAGAUAAAGUAAUAGAAGAAUUGGACCAGAUCUUCGGAGAUUCAGAUCGCCCUGUAACUUUCCAAGAUACUUUAGAAAUGAAAUAUUUGGAAAGGUGUUUGAUGGAGACACUCAGAAUGUAUCCGCCAGUUCCAAUAAUUGCUCGUGAACUCAAACAAGAUGUUCCUCUAGCAUCCUGUGACAAGAAAAUUCCUGCAGGUGCUACUGUGGUAGUCACAACAUUCAAGUUACAUCGUCGACCAGAUAUUUAUCCUAAUCCUGAUAAAUUUAAUCCGGACAACUUUUUACCUGAGCGAUCUGCUGACCGUCAUUAUUAUGCAUUUGUACCUUUUUCUGCCGGACCUAGAAGUUGCGUGGGUAGAAAAUAUGCCAUGUUGAAGCUGAAAAUUAUUCUAUCAACUAUACUCAGAAAUUUCCGAGUCUACUCCGACUUGAAAGAGGAAGACUUCCAAUUACAAGCCGACAUUAUUUUGAAACGUGCUGAGGGCUUUAAAGUUAAACUCGCGCCCCGCAAGAGGUCUGCCAAAGCUUCUUAACGUAAAGUACUCUUUAUUGUCUCAUUUUUCUGAAAGCACUUCUAAUCAUAAAUUUUAUUUGUGAUGCCAGUACUGAUUAAGAUUAGGUAUUGUUACUAUUAUAUAAUUAUAAAGGGCAGAACAUGAUGUUUUGUCUUACAUGGUUCAGUUGGUGAAAGUUUUGUACAUAAAUAU